GAAGCCUUUGAUGAUGGCGUUCCUCCGCUAAAAAAGCGAUAUGCCGUCAUCUCGUGAUGUCAGGGGUCAGACCCUUUCAGGCUCUAAAUUUUCGGCUCUAAGGAUGAACCUCGUCCGUGAUUUCUACGUGACUCACUGAUUAUUCAUCCAUUAUUACGCAGGAUUCGCAGUGUGUAAGCGAUAACGCUCACGUAUGCCGAGUUUACACGACACGGGGCGUGGACGAGGCGUUAUCAUCGGAUCGUUAUCGGAUACCCGGAGAGGUGUGACACACCUAGGUUUGAUCCGUUAGAAAUCCCGAAGGAGAGCCGAUUUCAGUCGCUGGUUGGGAAGAAGUCGCCGAAGAAGUCCUCGAAGAAGCCACUAAGAAGGAUCAGCGACCCUUAGGAACGACGGAUAGAAGAUGAGGGGCAUCCUCUUGGCCUUCUCCUUCCUGGGGAUAGUAGCCGCUGAUUACAAUUUUAAACUAUGUGCACCGAAGACGAUCCCUGACAACACGUGCCUCGCCCUGCAACGCGGUGGUCAAGUCUCAUGUCAUCCUGUAGAAGACAGCUCGGAAUGUGCAAUUAGCUUAAUCACAGGUGCAGCUGACUUCGGUGUCUUCACCUCGGAAGAGCUCCUCCUAGCUUAUCAAUUUUAUCAAACGGGUCUUCAGGUGAUCACCGAAGUGCGUCACGAAGACAGAGCGCAAGAUGAAUUCGAGUUCCAGACCGUCGCGGUGGUGCCCUCGAAUUUGAGUGUCGGAAUGGAUCCCUUCGAAGGGCUCAAGAAUGGGGGAUUUUGCCACCCUGGUUUCAGCGAUGCCCAGGUGUGGAACGACUACGUCCUUAAGUACUUCGAGAAGAGAGUUUACGGUUCCACCUGUUCGAAUGACCUGAGCGUCGCCGAGAACGAGGGGGAAAAUCUGCGCAGCUUCUUCGGGAAAGCCUGCAGACCUGGAGGAUGGGUCGUCGAGGGUGGCACCGAUGAGAUCCUGAAGGAAAAUUACGGAGAACUCUGCGCCCUUUGCGACGGUCCUGACACCUGUUCGUACAAGAACACGAACAACCACGGCCACGAUGGGGCCCUGGACUGCCUGACUUCAGGACGUGGGAAAGUCGCCUACGUUGCCCUGAGCUUCGUCCAACAGUACUUUGCGUUGAAUCACGAGAGCAAGGGUAACGUGAUUGAUUACCAAUUCCUGUGCCCAGACGGAGGUUUCCAACCAUUGGCAACGAAAAAUCCCUGCUCGUGGAUCCACCAGCCUUGGCCUGUGAUCGUGGCCAAAGAGGACCGUGCCGCCGACGUCUUGGAUGGCCUGGGAGUAUGGCUGACCGAUUCUCAAGCCUACGACUGGACAGUUGCUCUGAAAGAAAUCGUGAAAAAGAAUGCCAAGGUGGAGCACAUGAAGAAACCGAUCCCAGUUGCGGAUUACCUGAGCAGAGGUGGAGAUUUAACUGUCCCGAACAGAUCCUGUGGGAAGGACACACGUUGGUGUACCAUCAGCGAGCUGGAGAACAACAAGUGCAAGUGGGUUUCACAAGCUGCGGUUCUCCACGGCAUCGAGCCGAGGAUUUCCUGCGUGAAGAAGAACUCCAGCUUGGGCUGCUUCCGCGAGAUCCAGGAAAAGAGGGCCGAGAUAAUCGCAAUCGACUCCAACUACGGGAGCAUAGUUAGGCAGGUCUUCAACCUCUCGACGGUGCUCUACAUCCAGACGGAGAACGACCGCAACAGCGUAAUCGUAGCAGUGGUCCGCGAAGGUCGAGAAAACGUCAUCACCAGCUUCAGCGACCUGAGGAAGCGCACGGCAUGUUUCCCAGAGUAUGGCGGAAUCGCCUGGUUGAGUUUCGUCAAGGCCGCCAGAGAGAACAAGGUGAUCUCCGAUUCCUGCGACUACCCUGGAAUCGUUUCUGAAUUCCUGUCCGGCGCAUGCGCCCCAGGAGUUUCUGAGACCAACCACUGGAAGAGUGCCGAAGACUUUUCAGAAGCGUCGGAAGGAAUUUCAGUCCUUUGUUCCCUCUGUCCUCCUGAGAAGAACAACAGGACAUGUUCGGCCAAUGAUGAGAAUCCUUUCUACGGCGACAGUGGCGCCCUGGAGUGUUUAGAACGAACUGGGGACAUCGCCUUCGUCGAGGCGAAGAACCUGAACGAGGACAUCAGAAGUGGAAACAUAGAGCCAAGUAAUUAUCGCGUUCUCUGCAAAAAUGGGAGUCUUGCGCAGUACACCGGUUUCAUCGUCGAUGAGCAUUGCGCCUUGUCGGUGACUAUUGACAGCGAGGUGGUCAGCAGGAAGAGCGAGUCGUCGGUCGACUUCGAAGACAUGACGGAAGUCCUCUUGAAGAUUGAAAAGUGGCUGGGAUAUCGAGCAAACUCCUUGAGGCCGAUCCACGUCUACGGGCCGUUCAACGGCACAAGGGACCUCCUCUUCAAGGACUCGGCGAGCGGCCUGGAGGGUUCCUCUUCGACAGUAAAAUCCGUCCUCGCGUACAAGGAGCUGUUGAGCCACGUAGACGCCUGCUCCAAGGCACCAACAGCAGCAGCGAGCGCUCUAACCUUCUCGAUAUUCUUACUAUCUACAAGUCUCCACAUUUUCGUCCACUAAGUUGAUAAAAUUAACCAAAAGAAAAAUAGAAACGUGGCUUCAUUGCGAGGCACAGAGCGGAAAGCGAUUAAUAUCCUAGGAGCCAAAGAAUUGAUCCCCUCUGGUGCCACUAUCAUAUCCAACAUUUAACGUAUUUAAAGCACUUUCAUCGAUAAUACUCCAUUUAGUUAUCAGGGCUCGAUAAGCAUAAGCGAAUUGCGCUGAUUCCGUUAAGGUCCGCGGUUCAACUGAUGCCUUACAACGAUUCAGCUCCUUACUCUCGUAUAUUUAUCCGUAUCGACAAUUAACAUCUAAAUUCCGCCUUACUUGUCGUGAGAAACAUAUAAAAAUAAUUUCACAAGA